AUGUCCAACGUUGAACAUUCACGGAAAAUAAAAAAUAAAAAACUUGCCAAGCCGAUACAUUCAUUUUUCAAAAAACCUCAUGUUAAUUGCCCCCAUGAAAAUUCUGUUGCUGAACUUGAAUUAAAACUUUGUUCAUUUAUGGCUGAGCAUAACAUUUUAUUCCAAACCAUGGAUCAUUUAAGUGAAAUAAUAAAAAGUAUACCAGAUUCGAAAAUUGCAUCCGAUAUUAAAUUGAAAAGAACGAAAUGUACAGGAGUAAUAAAAAACGUUAUUGGGGAAUGUCAUAAAAGUGAUUUAAAAACUUUGUUAAAAACAACAAAAUUCAGUGUGCUAGUGGACGAGUCAACUGACAUUUCAUCAGUUAAAACAAUGUGCAUCGUUGUGCGUCUUUAUGACCCUGAAACACAUAAAAUUUCUAGACUUCUAUGGGAAUUGCGACCUUUGUUUGAGAAGAACGAUUUUGACGCUGCAAAUCAAGGUGCAACUGGAGAAGCAAUUUAUAAAUCGAUUAUCAGAAGCUUUCAGGAUGAAAAUGUUCCUACAGAAAACAUAAUUGGAUUUGCAUCAGACGGUGCUAGCGUUUUGAUGGGUCAGCACAAUUCGGUAGCUAGUCGAUUUAUAUCAAACAAUCCCGGCAUAAUCAUUAUUAAAUGCAUCUGCCACUCGUUACACCUGUGUGCAAGCGAAGCGUGCAAAAAAUUGCCAAGGCGAAACGUGUAUGGAUUCUUUAAGCACAGCUCAAAACGGCAAUCUGAAUUUAUCGAAUUCCAGGCGUUUACUAACACUAAAGUGCACAAGCUACUGCACCCCUCUCAGACGCGAUGGCUUUCCCUAUUAGCAGUUGUCAAUCGAUUACUGGAACAGUGGGAAUCUUUAAAACUGUUUUUUACGAGAGAGUUAGAUGAGCGUAUUGUGUCUGCAGAGCAUACGUUCAAUGACUUAAAUGAUCCAUUCAUGAAGUUAUAUUUUAUAUUCUUGCAAUGGGUGCUGCCUAAGUUCGUGAAUCUAAACGAAUAUUUCCAAAAAAAACGGCGUCGUAAUAACAGAACUCAACAGAAAAAGGAGAGCAACUUAUCAAGAGCUUCUGUUGUGUUACAUGGAACGAAACUAUGUUGUUACAAA